UUUUACAGUAGGUCUUCACAGUCGGUAAAUCUUUCUGUAAAACUGAAAAUGACCGCAAAAGCGUUGAUUUGUCUAUUGAUAUCUGGCAGUGUGAUUUCAUCUGUGGUGUCACAAGGCUGGGGCGGUGGUGGCGGCUUUGGUUACGGCGGGUUUGGACUGGGAUUAGGCGGAUGGGGAUUAGGCUGGCCCGGUCUUUGGGGAUUUGGAGGAUGGCCGUUAUGGGGCGGAUUCGGAAUGCCAUGGUUUGACCCCCUGGGAUCGUGGUUAUUCGGUGGGGGUGGUGGUUUCGGAGGAGGCGGCUACGGAGGAGGCGGCGGCUACGGUGGAGGGGGAGGCGGUUACGGCGGUGGCGGCGGCGGUGACAGCUAUGGUGGUGGCGGUGGUGGUAGUUACGGAGGAGGCGGUAACGCGUACGGUGGUGGGGCCGGAGCGGGAGGACCUGCUGGUCGUUCAGGAGCAGUUGCAGCCGGAAAUGCCACAGCGGCCGGUGCAGCUGCAGCGGAAGUCAUUCCACCUGGCGCGGUAGCCAACUCUUCGAAUGCACUGUUGGGUGGAUAAAAGCUCAAAGCGUGAUCUCGUCGGCAGGGUGUGCGUGCCGGUUAUUGGGUAGUUUUCUUCGUGUGAUAUUUUUUUUGUCAAAGAUUUUUUACUUUGUACACGUAUAGCUCUUUUGGGGUGAUACGUGUUUAAUUAUCUCGGCUGUGUACGUUUACCGGUUUGCGGCCGGCGAUAUCUGUAUGGCUGUAUGGAGCGUCCAAAGAAUUCCAUAAAAUAAAUAACUACAUACCUA